ACUAAUUCACCCAAUGUGACAUUGGAAACAACAGCUGUAACAACAAAAUCAUCCACUGUGGCAUCAGGACCAACUAUUGUGACAUCAGAACCAACUGAUGUGACAACUAAUUUACCUAAUGUGACAUUGGAAACAACAGCUGUAACAACAAAAUCAUCUACUGUGACAGCAGACCCAAGUACCCUAACAAAUAAACCAGUUAAUGUGACAUCAAAAGCAAAUAAUGUGACGAACAAUCCAGCCAUUAAUGUGACAUCAGAACCAACUACAAUAACAACAGAAAUCACUCCUGAUGCCAAUCUCACUAUAGAACCAAGUAUAGCAAGGAAUAUCCUUGGAGUACAAGUCAAGGUGAAACUUGAGGAGAACAUUACAUCCAACAAAUUCAUCUCUGCAAUGAAAACAGGUCUAAAUGAGGCAUUCUUUGAAGCCUUGGAAAGAGCUGGUCGAACUAGAAAGAAGAGAAAUACAUGGAAAGACAGAUAUGAAGUUGAGAUCCUUGGAGUUGAGAGGACCCCUAAUGUUACAUCCAAGGCAGUUGAUACAUCAUUUGUGCAUUAUGAAGAUGGCAAAAUUGUAGAUGCCUUUGUAGCUGUCAGCCUACAUGAACGACUCAAUGACAAUGAGCUCAGUGCCAUCCUUGGAUAUGCAGUUCUGAAACCAGUUCAUGCGCUAGCAGCUCCCCCUCCCACUCCCACAGCUCUACCUGUGUUGCUAUGGAGUUUGGUAGUCACUGUACCAAGUCUCUUGUUGCUAAUGAUCAUCAUCCUGAUGGUUGCCUAUCUCUGCAGGCAAAAGAAGUCAAGAGUCAUAUCACUUGCAGAUGAAACCAAGAAAAGAGAUGUGGAUUCACUUCAAAUGCACAAUUUAGCAAUUGAUCUUGAAAAAGGUGACAUUGUAAACUCAACACCAAUCGUAACUACCGAGUUCUACUCAGACCCAAGUCACCCAACACUUCCAAAUAUCAUUCCUGAAAGCGCCACCUAUAGAAAUGGAAGUGUUAACAAGAGAUGUAGAAUGCAGAUGUUCACUCCAGCGAAACAAACAAGGUUUACCAAUGGUCUUCAAAAAUAUCCACAGAAACAAAAUGAUCACCCACAGGGAUUGGCCAAUUUGGGAUAUGCAUCAGAUGCAUUUUCUUUACCUGAAAGUACUUUAACGAAUGUGACACCAGAGACCCCUAUAGUGCUAAGUGAUGAUACACUUAGCGUUUCAAGACGUAAUCUUCACUUAAAACCAAGAGACAGAUUAUCACGUUCCGAACGCCAACAAUUGUCCAUGAGUCGGCAAACAGGAAAGCGGUUGUCUUUUGAUUCAACAGUUAGACAAGAGCAUCAGGAUCAGCCAAUCAAAAAAGAGCAAGUAUUCUCCACAGAGAUGUCUCCUUAUGCAGGAAUGAAUGGAGAUUUGAAAUCUUCUCGAGAGAGCUUGGUUUCUGGAACAAGUUUCGAUUCAACAGCCUCAAGCGCAAGUCUCUUUGAGCAUGUUGCCAAAAUGAGCAGAUUUGAUGAUAUUUCUGAAAAUAGAGCAGCCAUUCCUCCACUACGUAUUCGAUCUUCAGUCCAUCCAUCAGAUGCAGGCUCCUUUGAACUGCCGACAACUUGUAUAUCUCCCCCUGGUGGGAGAAUUCCAAAUGGUUUGCUAGGUGAUGGGGGUGCUGAACCUAACAUCAAUGGAGAUAUCGGAAGACAUUCCAAAUAUAUUCCUAUUAAGAUUAGAAGUAGUCCAAUGAUAGGACAAGAGGGCCUGAUGAGACCAGGUGAGGUUGAGACACACUUAGAUGACAAGGCAGAGAUGGAAAGACAGAAGAACAAGCAGAGACAUCGUGAAAGGGCAAGAUAUGAUGAUGAAUUAGAGAGCAUGAAGGCGGACCGCGAGGCAAGAAGGAAGCUGUACAAGGCCAAGAAAACAAAGAAAGCUCAUCGAGAUAAAGAACGUGAGGAAGAUGUCUCUAAAAAAUUAGAGGAGGAUAAGAAGCUUGGCAGGAACAUGAGAGCUGGGACCUCACACCCAGAGAGCAAACAUUCCAGGAGACGAAGCUCUUCAGCAGAGUCUCCCAGAGUCCAUAAACAUAGAGAAAAGCAUAAGUCUCAUCCUGCUGCAUUGCACACUCAUCAUCCUAAGAUGCCCAGACAUCACAGUAAAUCAUCCUACAGAGGGCACCACCAGCCUGUAGAAACUGACACCAGAGGGCGCUACUCUGUUGAGAAGCCCUCUAGAAGAGAACCAGUAAAGCUAACUGGAUAUCGCAACUUUGAACCUCCUAAAUAUAGCUACCCCCCUCCCAUCUUCCAUGAACAUUUUGCAAGUCCUGAAAGUGAUGAAAAAUUAGCUCGGAGACGAUAUCUCCAGUUACAACAACAAAAACAACGAGAUCAAAUAGAACGACAACAACUGCUCAGAGAAACCGCUCAGCAACUAGUGAACGAUGCAUUACUUCGCAAAGAAAUCCAACUCCAAAAACAAUCAGAAGAUUCUAAAAUGUUAAAUGAGAUACUGGAUGAUGCAUUCUCAUUGGCUAAUGUUUUAAGACCUGACCAAUCAAAAUCAAGGUCUGAUAAGGGAUCAGCCAAUAACAGUCCUCGUGAUAUAGACCCAAAUUCAGAAACUCAAUCACAAAACAGUGACAUCAAAUCACACCACAGUGACACAAGAUCACACCACAGUGAUCCUAGCAGCUUGAAAAGCUCACGGACAAAACAUAAAUCGUUGAAUGAUGUACUUUUACGAAAGCAGUCAGAAAAAGUAGACUCAAAUUCAAAUUCCCCCAGAUUAGGAAAAUUGACUGAUGAGGAUAGGAAAGUGUUAAUACAUACAAUUCAAGAAGAAUUACAAAGAAUGAAAUUAUCCGGAAAUGAAUGAUAUCACUGUAAUCCCAUAGGGCUUUAUGACUAGAUUAAAACAUGCCCAAAACCUUGCCAAUCAAUGCAAUGUGUACAUACUAUAUUUCAAAGAAUGUUGGUGCUAUUUCCACUGGUAUCCUAGUACAAGGAUAUAUUGGAGGUUUUUACUGUAUCUUGGUGAAUGGUGGAAAUUCUGUAAUUGUAUCAUGCAAAUCAAUUCAUUGUACUCUUAGCUAUGCAAGCUUUCAUGUGAUUAUUUUGUGAUAUGGAGUAUUUCUUCAGUGACAAACUUUUAUAUAAUCUUAAAAUAACCAAAGUCAAAACUCCAUGGGAAAGUGGUUUAAACUGAUGAAAAUGAAUUUAUUCAUUGUCAUUUGACAUCUUAAAAGAUACAGAAAUGGCCAUAAAUGAAUCCUGUUUCUAACCAGUGAUUGUAUUUUAUAUUAAAGUAAAACCAUAUUGAUUGAUACAAUACAAUACACUGAUGCAUGCUUUAAUCAUACACAUUUAUGUGUAGUGCAGUACAGUUUACAAAACACAUUAGUUUGGGUGUAUUUUGUUAUUCCAUUGUUCAUGAAAUCAUUCUGUAAAUUUAUACAUAGAUUAUAUGUAACCCGAAAACAAAAUGUGAUAUAUUAAACAGUAUUUUAAAGAUAGUUUCAUGCGUUUGUUUAUGAU